AUGCAAUUUUUCGCAAUUUUUCUGCUCAUCUGUACUACUUUCAUCGCUGUUUCCGAAGCCAAUCAAUAUGUUUGUGAUUCGGAAUCACACAGAUACUUCAAAAUGAUGUACAAAACGUUGACUGAAAUUAAAGAAGCGGUGGUGGAGAUUAAUCAUAGUUUGGCUGCUUUGAAUAAUAGAGAGCAGUAAUUUUUUUUCUGGGAAUGAAGUUUUGAGUAUUUUUUUGAAUAUCAGAAACUCCACGUGGCAAAAUUUUAUUUUUGAAUUUUGAGAAUUUUUUUGAGUUCAAAAUUUUCAAUUCUCAAACCCAUGUGGCACAAUUUUUAUGACGUGGAUUAUUUUUUUUUAAUUCUUCUGAAAUUUUUCACAUUCAAAUUUUUCCAGAAUUUUUUUUUCAAAAUGUUCAAUUCUCAAAUCCACGUGGCAAUUUUCUAAUGACGUGGAUUAUUUUUUUUUGAAAAAAACUUUCGGAAAUUUUUAACAUAACAUUUUUUUGAGUUCAAAAUUUUCAAUUCUCAAAUCCACGUGGCAAUUUUAGAAUUGCAAAUUACCUGAUUCAAUUCUCCGGUUAUAUUUAAAAUAACAUAAAAAUCACAUUCUGUCUGCUGACACAAAAUCAAAUCAAAAAAAUAAAGGUAAAGCUAGUAAUAAAAUGACAUAAAAAUGCAAUUAACUCCAAUUCAUAGCUGGCUUUUUCCCCUUAUUUUCAACGUUUUCCAGAAAAAUGCUAAAAACUGGAAUAAUUUCCACCAUUCAAACCCUAGGCGCCCUAAUCGCCAUAUUCCUAAACUCCACUCUAGUCUACCUAAUCCUCAAAAAAUCCCCAAAACAACUCGGUUCCUAUCGCUAUCUGAUGGUCUAUAUAUCGAUUUUCGAAAUCUGCUAUUCGAUUAUCGAUUUUCUGACGGCUCCGAUUGUUUUUUCGGCUGGCUCCAGUUUUGCGGUGCUAUCGCCUGGCGUUUUCGCGCGCGAUUUUCAGCUCGUUUUGAUUUGUAUUUGGUGCAUGUUUUUUGGAUGCUUCAUGUUUUUAUUCGCUAUUCAGUUUUUGUAUCGAUUUUUUGUGGUGAACAGGUGAGUUAGGCUAACUCUUGAGGGAAAAUUGUUUCAAAUUGCCACGUGGCAUUUCUAAAAUUCCACACGAUAAAAUUUGGGAGCCCCAUUUGCCACUUGGAAUUUUUUGAACCAAAAAUCCUGAAUUGCCACAUGGAAUUUCUGAUAAUUUUCCUUUGGAUCUUAAUUUGCCACGUGGCUAAUUGUCAAAAUUUUUUUGAAAUAUAAAAAAAAUUUUCUGGAAAAUCUACAUUUUCUGAAUUUACUAUAUUCACGUGGAAUUUCUCAUUUUCAAAAAGAGAAAAAAUGCCACGUGGCAAAUUCUGGACAAAAAUUUCUGAUAAAAUUAUUUUUGAAGUCUAGAACUGCCACGUGGCAUUUUCGAAAAUUCAUUAAUUCUGCAGUUUCUGGAAAAUCUACAUUGAGAAAAAAAUGCCACGUGGCAAAUUCUGGACAAAAAUUUCUGAUAAAGUCAAAUUUUCCAGCUCAAAAAUCCUGCGAACCUUCGACGAUUCCCGCAUCAUCCUCUGGAUUCUCUCCCCAAUAAUCUUCGGAACAAUCUGGCAAAUCAUAAUCUACAACAACAUGAAGCCCACCCAGGAAACCCGAGAAGUCUUAAAGCCGAUUUUCCUGGCUAAAAUGAAUCUAUCAAUCGAUAAUGUGGUGUACAUUGGUGCCACGUUUUACGCGCCAAAAACCGGGGGAAUUGUGAUAAGUACCCUGGUUUUGGUGGCGUUUAUAAUGUUGGUAUCGAUUUUUUCAUUCGCUAUAAUUAUCUCGAUCGCUUGGAGAACUUUUGUGGAUUUAAGGAGAAGUAUGAUGAAAAGAUCCACGUCGACGUCGAGUUCGAAACUUCAAACCCAAACUUUUUACGCGCUAGUCUCGCAGACUUGCAUCCCAAUUCUACUCAUGCACUUCCCAUGUUUGACUGUGAUGAUUGCGGCGAUCUUUGAUUGCGAUCUUGCGAGCUCCGUGAGCAUCUGUGCGAUAACUUUUGCAAUCUUCCCGGCGAUUGAUCCACUUCCAGUUAUGUUGAUUAUCCAGAAUUAUCGGGAAUUUUUGAUGGGCUGUUUUGGGUGCAAAAAAUCGAGGAGUUUGGAGGUUUCUAGUAAUAAUCGAAGUCGAGUGUGA